AAUGUAUUAACUAUUAAUAUUAUUAUUAUUACAUAAAAAUUUGAUCAGUCAUUAGUCAAUAAGUUAACCGUAUUACGAUUAAUUUUAAUUUUUAUUAAUUAUUUAAUUUUUUUUAAAUUAAAACAUGUAUUGUGAUAAAGUUAUUGAAUUAUUAAAGGAAUUGGAACGUUCUCGCGAAGACACAAUACCACCAUACAAUAAUGAUGGGAUCAAUCAAGUCCUUUCUGAGAUGAAAACUUUGGAUGCAGAGAUUAUAGAUUUCUUGCGCAAGCAAAAAGAUAAUUUACCAUUGGAUGCUAUUCGUUUAAGACGCGCAGCUAUAGAAAGAAAUAAAAGAUGUUUGAUGACAUACAUAUGGACUAGAUUGCAACGGCUAAAAGAAAUGAGAUGGGAGAUAGGUGCUAUUUUACCAUCGGAUGUUAGACAAAAUCUUUCACAGUCAGAAAUAGAAUGGUUUAAUAAUUAUUGUAAAACUUUAGUCUCGUAUAUGAAGACCAUAGGAUCAGAUACUGGACUCAAUUUAACUCAAGACACUAAACCUCCAAAGUCUCUUUACACUGAAGUAAGAAGUUUAGUAGACGCUGGUAAAUUAGAAUUAGAAAGUGGAGAAGUUUUGAUUUUACGAAAGAAUAGUCAGUAUAUGUUAUCAAGAUCGCAAGCUGAGCCACUAAUUCGUCAGGGCAUUUUGGAACAAGUCAGACAAUAAUUUAAUAUACAAAAAAUUGAAUUAUUUACAUGUAUAUUGAUUAUAAUGAUAGUAAAUAAUAAAUAUUAAUUAAAUUCAAAUUAAUGAUAUUAAAUUUCAACUUUAUAUUUUUUAUGUAACUAAAAUAUACAUUAUAUAUAUUUUUUUUUUAUUAUUUAAAGAAUUUGUAAAUUUGAUACAUUCUGUAAAUACAUUAUACAAUAAGAAAAAGUUAUAAUUGGUUUAAUAGAUAAAUUAUAUCAAGAAAAAAAAUAUUCACCAACAUUAAUUCAAGUUUUAGAACUCAACAUUUUAUUUAAAAAGUUAUAACUUUUUAAAAUUAUUAUAUUCUUCGAUAAUAAACCAAUCAUGUAAUUAAUGAUUGGCAAGGGCUUUGGUAUAAAAAAAAAAAUAAAUAUGCUUACAUAUUAUUAGAUUACAUUUUAUUAUUAACUAUUAUGAGUCUUAAACGUCUUAAAAUCACUAACCAAUAUAAUGUAGUAUCUAUUUAAAAUUGUUCAUAGAAAAAUUAGUAAAAUUAUGCAAUUAUAAAAAAAUAAAAAAUAAUCAACCUAUAUAGUUUCUAACUUUUAAUCCUGCAAUCCUUAUAUUACUUUGAUACUCAAAAAUGUCUUCAUUUUAUUAUAAUAAUGUCUAGGAGUAUUUUAGGAUUUAGCAUGAAUUAAAAUAUUAGGUAAUUAACUUACUUUAACAAGAAAUUUACUACUUAGUUUCAACCACGGCCACCUAUCUGGAUUCAAACCAAAAUAAUAGAGUAUACCAAUGUUAUAAAUGUACCUACCAGACUAAUAAUAAUAAUCUAAUACAAGUUAAAUGUAUAAAUACUGAAACUUAAAACAAUUAACAUAAAUUCUAAUUUAUACUAUUAAUCCAAAUAUGAUAUUCAGUGUAGACAGUAAUGUUUAUGUAGUAAGUAGUAAUAAGUAAAAAUUGUGUUGUUUUGUUAAUUUGUUAGUUAUUACAAUUAUUAUUUUUACAUUAUUGUA